AUGGAUACCCUCGUGGCUCGAUACAGCCGCCCGGCUUUCCACGAGCCUCAGGCUUUCUCAGAUGAGGAUGACCAAACAUUCAGCGACUCCGUUCCCAGCCUAAAGUUCGCCAUGCCGCCGGUAGCACAGCCUUCCGCAUGGCUUCGCGCCGCAUCAGAUGACCGAUCAAACCCAGACUGCCCCAUCAAGAUUGCCCACGGUACGACCACACUUGCCUUUCGAUUCCAAGGCGGCAUCAUUGUCGCUACCGAUUCGCGUGCCACCGCCGGCAACUGGAUUGCGUCGCAGACUGUCAAGAAGGUUAUCGAGAUCAACAGCUGCUUGCUAGGCACAAUGGCCGGUGGUGCCGCCGACUGCCAGUACUGGCUCGCCUGGCUGGGCAUGCAAUGCCGUCUGCACGAGCUCCGUCACAAGCGCCGUAUCUCCGUCGCUGCCGCCUCCAAGAUCCUCGCCAACCUCGUCUACCAAUACAAGGGCAUGGGCUUGAGCAUGGGCACCAUGUGCGCCGGUGUCACCAAGGAGGAGGGCCCGGCGCUGUACUAUAUCGACUCGGAUGGCACUCGACUGGCGGGCAACCUGUUCUGCGUGGGAUCUGGUCAGACCUUUGCGUACGGUGUUCUGGACGCUGAGUACCGGUACGACCUGAACGAGGAGGAGGCGCUAGAGCUGGGUAGACGGAGUAUUCUGGCCGCAACGCAUCGUGAUGCUUACUCUGGUGGUUUCAUCAACCUGUACCAUGUCAAGGAGGAAGGAUGGGUCAAGCACGGCUUCAACGACACAAACCCCAUCUUCUGGAAGACCAAGUUGGAGAAGGGCGAGUUCACCAACGUGACGAGCGCGCUUGAUUAG